AUGACGGUACCCUACGGACGCUGGAAGAGCCCACUCACUCCAGAAUUACUGUCAAGCAGUAGCAUAUCUCUCCACGAAGUGGUCGUCAAUGAGUCCACCGGAGCUAUCUACUGUGUGGAAUGCCAUCCAACAGAGGGUGGCCGCCAUGCGAUCAUCCAGCAUUGGCACGGUGAAAGUCGAGAUGUGUUACCGAAAGAUCUCAGUGCACACGCCACGGUGCAAGAGCUCGGUGGCGGUUCCCUUGCCAUAAGACCGGACGGGCUGAUCACGUUUUCCGACGAAAGCUCUAGCAGCAUUUACGUGCUGGAUCCAGCUUCUGGCAAAGUCACUUUAGUCCGCGAAGGGGUCAAGGGUGUCCGCUAUGCGGAUUUCUGCCAUCAUCCGAUCGAUGCGCAGUGGAUGCUUGCCAUCAAGGAGGAUCAUCGCGAAGCCACUCCGGAGACCCAAGCAUUCAUGGUUCACAACUCCCUGGUGGCCAUAAACACCAAUACCGGUGAUGAAACUACGAUUGCCCAAGGUGAUGACUUUUUCUCCCAUCCCAAGUUCGACCCCUCGGGGAAGUAUGUCUCCUGGAUUCAAUGGUCCCAUCCGGACAUGCCCUGGACCGGAACCGUCCUCUACGUUGCCACUUGGGAAGAUGGCUGUCUUAACAACUCGCGACGUGUCGCAGGGAAAGCACAGGAAGAAAGUAUUGCGCAGCCAAAAUGGGGCCUGGACGGUUCGCUCUACUUUGCGAGCGACAAGACCGGGUUCUGGCAGCUAUAUGCAUUCAACGUGAAUGACGGUGCACCUCGCCCGUCGGCGCUGAAGGGUCUCGAAGAGGCGGACUUUGCCACAGCUGAAUGGGAACUUGGAAGCUCCACGUAUACCUCCCUUGACGCAACGACUGUUGUCGCUACCGUCAUUACUCACGCCACGAGUCGAGUAUACCUGAUUGACACUACGACUUCCUGCGCUCGGCAGCUAGAUCUUCCCUACCUGGAUCUGGGGUCUCGUGCUAAUGGGAUUUACCGAGUUUCACCGACCAGCUUCGCCAUCGUUGGUUCGACGGCAACGUCCCCGCAGGAAUUGGCUCUGGUAUCCAUCACGCCCACCAACGAGGUGCAACGAACCGUGCUAACUUCCACUGCAUCGUUCAAGCUGGAUCCGGAGUACGUCUCUCACGCGACAGAGUUCCGUGCACCCCAAAAGUACGGACCGCGGUGUGACGGCGACGUAUAUAUGUUCUACUUCCCUCCACAAAACCCGAACUACCAGUCGGCUGAUCAGGGUCCUCCUCCGGCACUAGUCUACGUCCAUGGUGGACCCAAUGGCUGCGUCACCCCGGCGCUCAAUCUCGAAAUUCAAUACUGGACCACCCGCGGCUAUGCCGUUUGCGCUCUCAACUACACGGGCUCCACCGGGUACGGUCGCGAAUACCGUGAACGCCUCUCGGGAUACUGGGGCCUCGUUGAUGUCGGAGAUGCCGUGAGCGCAGUCGACUUCCUGGUGGAAAAUGGCUUGAUUGAUCAGGCGCGCGUGGGCAUCUACGGUGGUAGUGCAGGCGGGUAUCUGACGCUACGGGCUUUGCACAUGUAUCCUGACGUUUGGGCGGCGGGGAUUAGUUCCUAUGGCAUUAGCGAUGUCCGGGCCUUGCAGGCCGAUUCAUACAAGUUCGAGAGCCACGAUGUGGACCGCAUUUUACUGAGUACAACAAAGGGCGAGGACCGGGAUGCCGAACUCACCAAGCGCAGUCCGUGCCACUUUGCGGCGCAGAUGAAAGCACCACUGCUUUUGCUGCAGGGCACAUCCGAUAUGGUGGUCCCUGUCGCACAAGCCAGGAUGAUGGCCGAUGCGAUGCACAAGUGUGGGAGAGUAGCAGAGGUGGUUGAGUUCGAAGGCGAGGGCCACGGCUGGGUUGGCCAUGAAACCAUUUACGAGUCAUUUAAGCGGAAGGAGGAGUGGUGGCAGCUUUAUUUGACUUGA